AUGUUACCUCCAGCUCUAAACAUCCCCAAAUGGCUCGAAGCCAAUUCUCAUCUCCUACAACCACCAGUCAAUAAUUACUGUGUCUACCACCCCUCAUCCCCGGCAACGGCCGGCUAUACCGUGAUGAUUGUCGGCGGACCCAACGCUCGAACAGACUACCACAUCAACACAACCCCCGAAUUCUUCUAUCAAUACCGAGGUUCAAUGCUCUUAAAGGUAGUCGAUCCGUCAACCAAUCCGCCCACGUUUCAGGAUAUCCCGAUUCACGAGGGAUCAAUCUUCCUGUUACCGGCUAAUACGCCGCACAGUCCGGUCCGCUUCAAGGACUCGGUCGGUGUAGUGAUGGAGCAACCACGACCAGAUGGGGCUGAGGAUAUUAUGCGGUGGUAUUGUCGGGGAUGCAGUGGGGUGGUAUGGGAAAAAAAGUUUGUGUGCACGGAUCUAGGGACGCAGGUCAAGGCUGUGGUGGAGGAAUUUGGGGCAGAUGAAGAGAAGAGACGGUGCAAGGGCUGUGGUGAGAUUGCGGCGGUGAGAUAUCAGGAAGGAGAGGUAGUGCAACCCCCGACGAACCCUGAAUAA